GGAACGUGCCGUUCAUUGAGCCCUCCACAGCCACUGCAGGAGUAGACAUUGGGGAGCUGCCGAGACUACCUGAGAAGACGAGUAUGAGGUCUCCACAUCUGCUGCUCCCCACCACCCUGUGCCUCCUCCUGUUCAGUCUGAAGGGGCUCAGUCUGACCCCAACACUCCCACCCACCACCGCUGCCCCUCUGCUCCCAGACAAACCCUUUGUGGUGAUCUGGAAUGCGCCCACCCACAAAUGCAGACAGACGGUUCCCCCGUUGGACAUGUCCGCCAUGCAGGCCGACACCACCCCCGCCGCUAAGCCCGACCAGUUCCUGACCCUGUUCUACAAGCACCGUGUCGGGUCGUACCCGUACCUGGACCUGAAGAGCCUGGGGGAGGUGAACGGGGGGCUGCCCCAGAAAGGGAACCUCACGGCUCACCUGGCAAAGGCACGGACGGACAUCACCAUGUACGUCCCCGAGCAGUCGCCGGGCCUGGCCGUGAUCGACUGGGAGGAGUGGCUGCCUCUGUUCGAUAGGAACCUGGACGAGAAGGAACUCUACCGCAACCUCUCCGUCGACCACACGCUGAAAUCCAAACCCUGGCUGAAGCCCGGCGAAGCCGUGGCGGAGGCCAGACGGGAGUUCCGGCGGGCAGCCAGGGGCUUCAUGGAGGAGACCCUGAGAGCGGGCAUCAGCGAGAGGCCUGGCUACCUCUGGGGCUUCUACCUGUUCCCUGACUGCUACAACUACCGGCACAACACAUCCGAGCCUUUGGGGGGCUACACGGGGGAGUGCUCGGAGGCCACCCGGCUGCUGAACGACAAGCUCCUGUGGCUGUGGAACGCCAGCACGGCCCUGUACCCCUCGGCCUACCUGUGGUCGGAGCUCGCGGGGGACCCCAAGGCUGCCCUGUUUGUCCGGAACCAGGUGCGAGAGGCCUUGAGGGUGUCGGCUCUGCCACAGCAGCCCCACACGUCACCGGUCUACGUUUACUCCCGCCCCGUCUUUGGAGACCAGAACAAAGUCUACCUGAGCGAGGUGGACCUCAUCAGGAGUGUUGGAGAGAGUGCAGCGCUUGGAGCGGCAGGUGCCGUAAUGUGGGGAGCCAGCGCUGACUUCAACAGCAAGGAAACAUGUGAGGCUCUGUCUGCAUACCUGCACACAACACUCAACCCAUACAUAGCCAACGUCACCGGCGCAGCAAAACUAUGCAGCACGAUGCUCUGUGAAGGCAAAGGACGGUGUGUGCGAAAGAACUCUGAUUCUGAUGACUACCUGCACCUCAACCCGAACAGCUUUCGCAUCGAGAAGAAGGACGGGAGAUAUCAGAGUGCCGGAGUGCCAGACAUGGGUGACCUCACAGCCCUCGCUGAGCAGUUCACCUGCCAGUGUUACGCAGGCCAGAGCUGCUCGCCCAAGAGAACAUUCCGAAUCCCCAAAGCUGAGAUGGUCUUCCAGGUGUAGUUCACCUCAUAGAUUACUAUCCCAAUAUAUUGUUUGACUGUUUCCUGGUGACCAACUUGAUUUUAAAAAUAACUUGCAGUAAAAUAACAACACAAAACCUACGGAACAUUUUCACACUUCUAUGCAGAUACACACAACUCAGGCCAAUCUCAUCUCAGACUCAAAAUCAGGCUAAUCUCCCUCAUUUUUUCUCCUUAGUUGCUUCAUACGUGUCUCAUUAGCUAUCAACCUGGUCUCUAUACUAUACCAUUAUACCACUGCUUUCUUCUCCAUGGUCUCCAUUCUGUUUUGGUGUGUCCAAGUUCAGAGAGUGGAGCUUAGACACACCAUGACACACGUAGAGCAACUAAGGAGGGAAAAUGAGGGUGAGAUUUACCUGAUUUGUGUGUGUUUGCCAGAUUGUUUCACCAGAGGUGUGCAUGCUGUUUCAUUUGAUUGCCUGUGACAGAGCGAACCUAAAGACACAUUUGGUGAAACCAGUUGUUCACUCCAAGAAAUAAAAGAGAAAUGUUUUC